AUGAAUAUCCGGGGCCUUUCUACUAAAACUUUUAAACAACUAGAAGGCUUAGUCUUCUUCCAUUGUCAGUUGGAUCGAGAAGAAUAUAAUGCUUUUGAUGAAAGAGAUGACUUCGAUUCAACCCAUACUUCAUUAGUAGUUGAUAUGAGCUUGUCCACUGUCAAGUACAUCGUUAAGAGAAGAAAUAAAAAAAGAUCUCCAAAGCCAAGAAAAGGAUAUGGAAUAUCUAGAAAGAUUUAUGAUUGGACAGAAAGACACCUUAUGCGUGUGGUUCGGAAGGGAAAUGCGGUCUCAUAUUACUGGAUGGGAAAAUCUUUAAAUAAGAUUGAAGUAUUUGUCUGUAGAAAGACAAUAAUCAGCUAUCUCAAACGUUUGAGCUUCGAAUCAUAUAUCGCAGCUCAUGAGCCAGAUUUAACAGAGCCAAAAGAAGAGAGGAUUGGAUUGGACUUGUGA